AUGUACAUGCCAACAUCCCGCAGUUUGCUUACCACUUUCGCUUCGGCGAUCUUGGCUAGCUCGCUGGUACAAGCGGCCUCCAACAUGGUUCCUGACUAUGAGGUCAAGCUCCUCAUGAACCCCACAGUCGUUCUUGGAACUGACAACAAGCUCACACCGACUGUCCUUUCUACCUUCGGCAUGCCCACGACGGUGACAAAGAUGAACGUCCAGUUCCUCGAUAAGAACAACAAAGAGAUCUACAAUGCCGGUUGGAGUCCACGUAUCCGCAAGACCGAGGGCGAGAGUGACUUCGAGCUCACAUACAAGAAGCGGUACCCCGUUACCGGUGGCGAUAUUGACGCCGCCCUUACAACCGCGAAUACCGAAGGGUUCGACUCCAGCGAUACAAACUAUGACGCAUAG